CCGAGUGACCUUGACAUUUCCUACUUGGUGCUCGAGCAAAUCAGGAAGGAGAAGGGGGCGUGGCCCUCGUUAUAUAACCGGAGCCGCGCCGCUCUCAAUUCACACACUGCAAGAGCCGGGUUUUGAAUCUCACUCAGACGAGGACCUGCUAAAUUUUCGGUGACAAAAUGGUGAAGAUUGGAAUUAACGGAUUUGGACGUAUCGGCCGUCUUGUGACCCGUGCCGCAGUGCUUUCUGGGAAGGUGGAGGUCGUGGCUAUCAAUGACCCCUUCAUCGACUUGGACUACAUGGUCUACAUGUUCAAGUAUGACUCCACUCAUGGCCCCUUCAAGGGAGAUGUGAAGGCUGAGGGUGGCAAGCUGGUCAUCAAUGGGAAAGCAGUGACCGUCUUCCAGGAACGUGACCCAGCCAACAUCAAAUGGGGCGAUGCUGGUGCUGACUAUGUAGUGGAAUCCACUGGCGUGUUCACCACCAUGGAGAAGGCUUCUACUCACCUGAAGGGCGGGGCUAAGCGUGUCAUCAUCUCUGCCCCCAGUGCUGACGCCCCCAUGUUUGUGGUUGGUGUCAAUCAUGAGAAGUAUGACAAGUCACUCAAGAUUGUCAGCAAUGCCUCUUGCACCACUAACUGCCUGGCUCCCCUGGCUAAAGUGAUCAAUGACAACUUCACCAUCGUUGAGGGUCUCAUGACCACAGUCCAUGCCUACACAGCCACACAGAAGACUGUGGAUGGCCCCUCCGGUAAGCUGUGGAGAGACGGCAGAGGCGCGCACCAGAACAUCAUUCCAGCCAGCACCGGCGCAGCCAAGGCUGUGUCCAAGGUCAUCCCCGAGCUCAACGGCAAGCUGACUGGAAUGGCUUUCCGUGUUCCUACUCCCAACGUCUCCGUUGUGGAUCUGACCUGCCGUCUUGAGAAAGCAGCCAAGUAUGAAGACAUCAAGAAGGUUGUCAAGGCAGCAGCUGAAGGACCCAUGAAGGGAAUUCUGGGAUACACAGAAGACCAGGUGGUGUCAUCUGACUUCAAUGGAGACACCCGCUCAUCUAUCUUUGAUGCUGGGGCUGGCAUUGCUCUGAAUGACCACUUUGUCAAGCUGGUUACAUGGUAUGACAAUGAGUUUGGUUACAGCAACAGAGUCGUGGACCUCAUGGUGUACAUGGCUUCAAAGGAGUAGAAUUCCUGCCCCUUCUGUGACAUAACUUAAACCACACACCCUUUUGAGAAACCCUUCCAAUCACAGCCCAUCCCUCAGUGUGUAGCAAUUGGAUAGAAAAAAUGAUGCACAAUAAAGUCCUUGAGUGAGAUCAAA